AUGAAGACCUCUACCCUCUCUUUAUCUACGCUUGUUAUCUUCGUAGGCCUCUUGUCAAAUGCGCUGGCGGUGACGUGGUCAUCCAAUUUCGUCCAAGCGGACAUCAACACAUUGACUCCUAUGGUGAAGAACAUACAAACUUGUCUAUCAGCCCAGAAUUAUGGUGCUGCCUACGAUAUACUAGGAAACAAAGGCACCAAAAAGCUCGUUGCAUUUGGUAAGACAAAACUGAUUUACACUAAGCAAGACUUCAUACAUGCCUUUGCAAGCUACAAACAAUACGGUGAACCGAAAUUCAACUUUGACUCAGCCAAACUUCUCAGCGCUCGUUCCGCUUCCUCCUAUCAAAUGACUGUGGACGGAACCAUCACCGUAUCCUUGCCAGUUUCAAUCAAAUUCAAUGCCAACAUCAUCUUCACUGGUGCGAACCCUGUAGUUGGUGAGGUUAAGUCCGCGAUUUUCACCCUCAAUUUUGGGUGA